GAUCUCAACAACAACUCAACCUCACUACCAUUCAGUACUAUAAUUCCUCUCUCAACCUAAACAAAACACCAACCUUUUCUUCACAACCACCAAAAUGAAGUUCUUCACCACCGCUCUUCUAUCUGCCGCCGCCGUCUCUGGCUACUCCGUCUACGAGGUCAAGGACUUCACCGCCAGCUGCGUCCCUCACAGCACCUUCUGCAACUAUGAGUUCAAGGUGAUCCAGUCCGGAUCCAUGGAGACCUGGAAGACCCCCGUUCACUGCUCCGCCCACGUCCAGUCCGCCAACUAUCUCCUCCCUGAUGUCAAGGAUGCCAAGUGCAAGGACUCUUCUCGCACCUUCUCCGUCAAGCGCAGCAAGAAGGGCUUGACCUUCUCUGUCUCCCAGCCUGUCAGCCCAAUCAGCAACACGGUUGGAAAGCAUUUUAUUCCCAACAAGCAGCUCUGGCAGUCCAAGGAGCCUAAUGCUGAGAUCCAGGCUUACAAGGGCCCUAAGGACUUCAAGCUCAACGCCGUUGAGUGACUGGGGAUUUAGAUCUUGUUGAUUUGGGGACCACUUCAUUUUUUAUUUUUUUUCGUUUGAAAGAUGCAGGCGUGUUGAUUGUAUUUGAACCAUAUUUUAGACUAGACUUUUAGGUAUCUGAACAUUCAUCUUUCGAUUCUCAU